UAAUUUGGCAAUAUGACAACUCAAAUUUUAAAACAGUAAACCAUUAUAAUCCAUCAUGGUCAUUAAAUUUGACAUAGUUGGUUAUCAAGCAUUCGAUGAGUUUAUAUCGAAUUUCAACAGCAACCAGAAAUUGGUGCACAUCUACUUCAUUGGUUCGAAAUUCCCGAAUGGGGAGAGUUGGUGUGAUGACUGCAACAAAGCGACAAGCAUCAUCCAUGAACUGGAGGAGCUAUGUGACCCCGAAUCUUUUUUGAUUAUCGUCCAAGUGGGCGACCAUCUGACGUGGAACGAUAUGGACAAUCCUUUCAGGAAAGAUCCUAGAACACAGCUGAUUGUUUUGCCCACAAUCAUCCGAUGGAAGUUGAAGAAGAAACUCGAAGGGGAUGUCUGUUUGGAUAGUGAGGCUUUGAAAAUGCUACUAACUGGCCAAGAAUAAACUACUCAUUGUUUUACCCAAUUUGUUAUUAAAUACAAGUCAAACACAAUAUUAUAAUAAACUUGUUGGAUUAGUACAU